GUAUAUAGAUCUAUCAUUUCGAAGCCUGGGAGCAUUCAAUGCCACUAUUGGUGUUGGGUUGGAACUGACGAGCUUUUUGUUAAAUGAACUGGAAUUGGGUUAACUUCGAGAUAUACUACAAAGUCAUCGAAUGUAUUCUGUAAAGGUUAAAAAUAGCGUUUGACUUCUAGAGACGAUGAAACCUUUCGCACCAGCUAUCACUACGAUAAUCCUAAUGUGUCUUUUUACUUCAUAUACAACUUCAAAUGAUUACAUUUCACUAAUUAUAGAAAGCCGUGUUUAUUGGCUGGCAAGGUCAAGUGUCUAUAGUCAACCAGAAGGCAAAACUAACUGCGCCCAAUUAAACGCCGAGUUGGCUUUGUUUGAAAAUAACGAAGAAUAUUUUAGAGUCUAUAGCGCAUUAAGUCAAAACCGCACCAUAACUUUAAAAGAGGUUUGGAUAGACUUCAACAUUUCUAACCACACGUAUUAUUAUGGUUUCGGUUGGAGACAGGAAAUAUUUAAUGGUUCUGUUUGGACGUCCAAUGAACCAGAUGAAAACUGCAAAAACAUUUCCAGAGAGUGCUGUGCGAGACUAAAGCUUAAAGAAGGUUUAAAAGAUCAUGAUUGCAGUUCCGAUUAUUCGUACUUAUGCAGGGCUCUGUGUCCACUCCAUGACAUCAAGUGUCUCUUAAAACAACGUAGAGUGAAAAUAAACUCUUCCGAUUGUUCCACGGGUUACAUCUUCAACAGCACACUGUCAUCAUGUGUUGAUGUUGACGAAUGCGAGACAAACACAUCCAUGUGUACACAGUCGUGUCUCAACACUAACGGCUCUUACACGUGUGCGUGUCACGACGGCUACACAGCAGGGAACGACACUUACUCUUGUCAGGACAUCGAUGAGUGUUUAACUAACAAUGCCUCUUGCCUGCAAGUUUGUGAAAACUCUGCGGGAAGCUUUCAAUGCAAAUGUCAUGAUGGCUACUAUCUGGGGUUGGACAAUAAAACUUGUCUUGACGUGAAUGAAUGUAGCUCGGGUGCUCAUAAAUGUCAACAGAACUGUAGCAAUACAAACGGAUCUUACAUCUGUGAGUGCGAGAGUGGCUACUUACGAUCUAGCGAUGGCUUCAAUUGUACAAAAGUAGAAACAUGUUUAACAUCACAGUGCGAACAAAAUUGUUCGAAUACUAGUACUGGCUACACCUGUCAUUGCUACCCUGGCUUCAAGUUAGACGCUGAUGGAAUACACUGUUCAGAUAUUAACGAAUGUAAUCAGUCUACAUGUAGGAACUGCUCCUAUACAAAUGUAUCCAACUCUUGCCCUAGCCAUUGUAAUGUAAGUUCUACUGUUUGUGAUCAAGUCUGUGAUAACGUCAAUGGAUCAUUUCAAUGUUCUUGUAGACCAGGCUACCUUCUAGAUAUAGCUGACAACAAGACAUGCAAUGACAUAGAUGAAUGCAGUCUAAACUCCAGCCUGUGUGAAGUCUCCUGUAUUAACACCCCAGGCUCAUACUUCUGCUCAUGUCCACAAGGAUAUCAACUUUCAGGAAAUAACUUCUCUUGUGAAAAGAAUACACUCGCCAAUUACUGCCCUUGUUCUUGCCUUACCACCAAGAUAAAAGAUCACAUGAACAAAGAGCAGCUGGCUGUUUACCUGGAGAGCUUAACAAAGAGCCUACAAGUCAUCAAAGGUGAUCUUCUUUCACAUCGUUCAACGUUGACAACCCAGAAGGAUGACAGGCCAACCAGCUCUAUCCUCGGCUACAUCGGCAUCGUCACAAUGACAUUUGUUUUUGGUACAAUCAUCUUGCCAGAAGUUUUAAUGCUGACUGUUGAAGUCAUUCACAAGAUUAGAAACCUAUUCUAAAUACAUGACAUUGCAAAUGACAAAAUAAAUUCAUUAUUAAAAUUAUUGCGCACCAACGGUACCACAGUUUGUCAAUAAAACAAAUGGUCAUUUGAUAGCACGUCCUGGGCUAAACUGACGUGGUGACCGAUGAAUCAGACAAAAUCUGUAUUUCUAUAAGACGAAUAGAUCUUGUUCUAGAGUAUUUCAUUUAAUAUGUUAAAUUUCUAUUUGUUUAAAAUGUGUAAACAGUGAAUACGGGUGUUGAUAAACUUUUCUGGAAGAACAUGUGAGUCUGUGAAAUUUAACAGACACUUUGUUUCCAUGGCACGAACAAUGUUCCCUAAAAGAAAAGUACUUUGAACACAGUUGAGGUGCAUGGUGGACACUCCAGCGUGACCAACAGGAGGUGCUAGCCCAUUUCAGAGUCAGCACGCACUUAGGGCGAUAUAGAAAUAAAUACCAUACGCGAUGCCUCCACUUCUAAAAGGACGAGAAAACAGUAGGAGGAAUUUCGGAGAAUGUCGAGUCUUGAACAUAAGGUGAUAAUUUUUGAAAGAGGGAGAGAGAGAGAGAGAGAGAGAGAGAGAGAGCUGGUUAAUGGCCAGGAUAAGCCUAUUCCUUGAACAAAGACAAGAAGACCCUUUUACUUGUUACGUGGAACUAAGUUUCAAUACAUUCAUCCUGUCAUGAAAUGUGUCUCAGAUAGGGAAUAAAUAUAAAUGGAAGAACUGUAAAUUUCCAUCCAUUUAUCUCAAUACUGUAAGAUUUAUUUUCUUUUUCUAUUUCAAUAAAAAUUAAUUGACUACCACUAA